AGCGUCUGGAAGUUUCUGGAAAUUUUGUUUACAUUUUCUUGUUUAUCAGUUUAGCACGCGUUUUCAGCAGAAAAAAAGAUGGAAAUUGAUCGAGAAAUAUUCGAUGCUGUGUAUAAAUUACUAGAGGCCCAAGGUCUGACACAACAGUGGAAAGCACAGAUACGUACAGAAGUGAUAAAUACAAUUGAGAAUGAGCAGAAAAUUGCAGACGCUGAAGCGCCCACGCCAAAAAAUUACCAGAGACUGAGAAAAUUGUACAAAACACCUGAAGCCAGGCUGGUAUUUCAUUUGAUUUUUGAGCUUCUGGACAAUCUAUCGUUGACGUAUACGGAAUCUGUGCUGAAAGCAGAGACAGACAUUGAGGAUUCCCCGAAAUCGAGGAGUGAAUUGGUUGAGGCAUUUGAGGAUUUGAGUGAAGAGGAUGACGUUCCGGUACUUGUACAACUUGUCCGGAAGUACAUGAAGGAGGAAACUAGUCAAAAUAGCCAAGAGAGUACUCACGUAUACGAAGAAUCUGAGACAUUUGUGAAUUCCGGGCAGGAAGACAGCCAAAGUGUCUCCAAGACACUGGAAGAAGAACAAUAUCCCAAUGAGACUUAUGUAGUGACUUCUCCGACAAUCACCCAGGAGGAAUCUUCAGAAAUCCAGGAGGAAGUUGCACAGUCCUCAAUAAGAACUGAAAAUUAAA